CUCUAACUGACGAGACACCACACAGCGAGAGGUCUUGAAGCUCCGCAGAAUCAGACGACAAGACGAUCCGAAGCCUAGUCCGAGCGGGAUUUUGAGGACGAUCCAUAAAGCAAACUUUCCACAAGAAGAUGAUGAAGUACUACCAGUGUCCAGUGACCCAGGACGUGACCUAUGAAGGGUGCAACACCAAAAACGGGAGUCUGGUGACCUGCGUUUCCACCCGCAAGUCCGUAAAACCUGUCCGGAACGUCCACUUCCCCAACGAUGUGGUCUUCCAGGAUUACGUCCGACACGGAGAGGUGGAGAGGAUCGGACGCUUUAUUCGGACCGGGAGGGUGACCCUGGACACUAUAUAUCCUUCAGGCAUGGCAGCCAUCCACGAGGCCGUGCUCUCGGGGAACCUGGAGUGUGUGAAGCUGCUGGUGAAAUACGGCGCCGACAUCAUGCAGAGAGACGAGGACGGCUGGACGCCGCUCCACAUGGCCUGCAGCGACGGAUUCCCGAACAUCGCAAAGUUCCUGCUCUCUCUCUGUGCCGACCCCGAGGCCGAGAAUGACUGCGGAGAAAAACCCGCCGACCUCAUCGACCCCGACUGCAAAGAGCUGGUUGAGAUGUUCGGCGUUGGAGGGGACUGAACCUGAAGCACGUCUGGUGCAUCGAAUCAGCUUGAUCUUCUCCUCCUCCGUCUCAUGGCGAUGGAGUAAGACCCAGAGCAGAAGCGCAGCUGCGUGGAGCUCUUCUGGAGAAUAAGACCUUAUUGACGUCAGUGCAGGUCUGAGCGUGAAGGAGAACAGCAGAAGAACUUUACAGGAACAGAGAUGUGGAGAUAAGCGG